AUGACGCAAGAGGAAACAUGGAAAUUCUCUCAAUGCUUUGGAGAUAAGGGUGAUAUAGAAAACAUCACUGAAGCAGACAUCAUAUCCACGGUUGAAUUUGAUAGUACUGGAGAUUUCCUAGCUACUGGUGAUAAGGGCGGUAGGGUGGUACUAUUUGAAAGAAGCCGUAAUAGUAGCAGCAAAAAGAGACAAGGUUGUGAAUACAAGUUUUUUACCGAAUUUCAAAGUCAUGACGCUGAAUUUGAUUAUUUGAAAUCGUUGGAGAUUGAAGAAACGAUAAAUAAAAUCAAAUGGUUGAAAAGCGGUACUGAUGCAUUAUAUCUCUUGUCGACAAAUGACAAGACUAUAAAACUUUGGAAGAUUCAAGAAAGACAAAUUAAAUUGGUUUCGGCUAAUAAUCUUAAUGGACCGAAUCAUUUUGUUCAUGAAGGUGGUGGUAAUGGUGGUGCCGCCAACAUCAAUGGCAUUUCAUCAUUGAAAUUGCCUCAAUUGGAACUACACGACAAGUUGAUAUCUGCACAACCGAAAAAGAUUUAUUCCAAUGCUCAUGCAUAUCACAUUAAUUCAAUAUCGGUCAAUUCCGAUCAAGAGACAUUUAUAAGUGCUGAUGAUUUAAGAAUAAACUUGUGGAAUUUGGGUAUAGCUGAUCAAUCUUUUAAUAUUGUUGAUAUUAAGCCCACAAACAUGGAAGAAUUGACUGAAGUCAUUACCAGUGCGAAAUUCCAUCCAUCACAAUGUAAUUUAUUCAUGUACAGUUCUUCAAAGGGCACGAUUAAGUUGUCGGAUAUGAGAUCGAAUUCAUUAUGUGAUACACAUGCCAAGAUUUUUGAAGAAUAUUCCGAUCCGUCAUCACAUAAUUUCUUUACUGAAAUUACUAGUUCUAUAUCUGAUGUUGAAUUCAGUGCCAAUGGGAGAUACAUUGCCUCAAGGGAUUACAUGACUGUAAAGAUUUGGGAUUUGGCAAUGGAGAGUAAGCCAGUCAAGACUAUCAAUGUUCAUGAACAUUUGAGAGAUCGAUUAUGUGAUACUUAUGAAAAUGAUUCAGUUUUUGACAAGUUUGAAGUUCAAUUUAGUGGUGAUAGUAGAUCUGUAAUGACUGGCUCAUACAAUAACAAAUUCAUGAUAUAUCCCAAUGUUACUUCAGGUGAGGAUAGCAAGACAUUUAAAACGUCAUCGUCGUCAUCGUCAAAGGGGAGAAAAAGAAGUAAGGGAGAAGGAAACGGAGUGGCAAAUAAUAAUGACGACGACGAUAACGACAACGACGAUGAUGAUGACGACGAUAACAAUGAUGAUGACGAUAAUGACGAUGAAUUUGAUCAAUUGGAUUCCCCACCUAAUAACAAAAACUCCCCCAUUUCGCAAUUGGAAGAUGAAGAUGACCAGGAUGAAAUCAUAUUACAAGCAGACAAAUCAGCGUUCAAAUCCAAGAAGACUGGUCAUCAUUCAUCAAGAAGGAGAAUGAUGAGUGGUGGAGUAUCCAAUCUUGGUCGUGAUUAUGAUGAUAUUGAUUUCAAAAAGAAUAUCUUGCAUCUAUCAUGGCAUCCUAGGGAAAAUUCAGUGGCGAUUGCAGCAACCAACAAUUUAUACAUCUUUUCAACUCUAUAG